AGGGACACUUUCCGGCCCGACACACAAAAAAAGCUCCGCUGUGUGAUCCUUGGUGUUAACGCUCCCAAUCGAAGAUCUCCGCUCUAAGAUCUUUGCUCCCAAUAACGCCCGGGGCCUGCGGUGGGCGCUAGUUGGUCAAAGAAGUGAAAGUGUCAGGUCGGGGACAAGAUUGCACGGAAUAUAACAAUUUCGUCCUCUCGGGGGGGAAGGAAGCUGCCGCAGGAACAUCGCCAAAUAAAACUUGACACUGAGCCAUAUAAAUAUGCUAGGACUGCCGAUCUGAAGCUGGUUUGGAGGUUCCAUCGCUUUUGAAGGAUGAUUACAUUGAAAUGAAAUGCACCAAGUAUAGACAUAAUCAUCUGGUUGAUUGCUGUUGUUUAAGAAAGCCAAUUUCCAUCUACCAAAGACCCAACUCCUAUUGGCAUCAUUCAAUGCCCAAUUCUAGUGAAUAUCAACUACCAAAGCCAACUGGAAACAUAAGGAGUAUCAAUGUUCUUGAUGAGCUUGCAGCUGGUGACCCACCAGGAGUUUCUAGUUCCAAUUUGUUUUCCUGUUACGGUGCUCCAGAAUUCGGCCUAAAUCCCAAUGCCACAGGACAUGGAUCAUGGAUGUUUCCUGUGGUCCGGGCACGAGAAGUGUUUUACAAUGUCUGUUCGGAUUAUGGUUUGCUGAACAAAGCCACCAUUAUUGCCAGUACACCACGAGCUUCCAGUGAACCUGCUCCGAUACAGGAUGGAACUUCUUCAGUAGAUUCUCCAGAACACAAUUCUAGUUAUGUAGAACUUCAAGUUGAUCCUCCAGAUGUAACCCACAGAGGUAAUGCAGAAAAGGUUGCUAUGCCUGUCAGCCAUGGGAAACAGCUGCUUGCCUGGGAGAUAGAUACAUCAGAUUUUAAUAUAGUAACAUCUAAAUUGAAAAGUAGAACAGGCAGCUUGAAGCAGCAAAAUACAAAAAAGAUUAAACCGCAGCAGAAGCACAAUGAAAAAAAAGAUUCUUCUUCAUAUACAGUUCUGGAAGAAAUGAAACAGCGCAAGGUUUUGGAUCUUCGGAGGUGGUAUUGCAUCAGUCGUCCACAAUACAAGACUUCAUGUGGAAUAUCCUCUUUGGUUUCAUGCUGGAACUAUCUCUAUAGUACCUGUGGAUCAGGAAGUCUUCCACCAAUUACCCAGGAAGAGGCUUUACAUAUUUUGGGUUUCCGCCAGCCCUUUGAAGAAAUCAGAUUUGGCCCCUUUACGGGAAAUGCGACACUAAUGAGAUGGUUUAGACAGCUUAAUGAACAUUUUCAUAUGAGAGGCUGUUCCUAUGUUCUGUAUAAACCCCAUGGGAAAAACAGAACAGCUGGAGAAACUGCUGAAGGCGCCUUACUGAAGUUAACUCAAGGCUUGAAAGGUGAAUCUAUGGCCUUUAUAUAUCAUUGCCAGAAUCAUUAUUUCUGUCCCAUUGGAUUUGAGGCUACUCCUUUAAAGGCAUCCAAAGCAUUUCGAGGCAAACUCCCACUUGAGGAAAUGGAAUUUUGGAUCCUAAUAGGUGAACCAAGUAAGAAACAUCCAGCCAUACACUGUAAAAAGUGGACAGACAUAGUGACUGAUCUCAACACACAGAAUCCUGAAUACCUUGAUAUUCGACAUCCUGAAAAGGGUAUACAAUACAGAAAAACCAAAAAGGUCGGCGGAAACUUACAUUGCAUAAUUGCUUUCCAAAAACUGAACUGGCAAAAAUUAAGCACUUGGAUGAUGAACAUUGGAAACUUCAGAUGUGAACCACGUUCAAAGGUAUUGGAAUGUAAAGCCAGUAACUCUGCCACUGGUUUGGAAAGAGUUUUAAAUGAUCAUCGAGACCCAUCAAUGAAUGAUAAGAAUAAAAGUGAAGGAUUUCAGCAAGCAUCUGAAUGGAACCACAUUUCAAGCCCUUAUGAAUACAGAGAUUGUGGCUCUCCUGAAAGUGAGACAGAUAAAGAGAGCAUUGAAUAAAUGUAAUGGUGUAAAUACAAUAUGCUUUUGGUAUGUAUAGUUGGACAAUGAUUUGAGCAUGAUUUAGAUUAAGAAUUGCAGUUGGUGUUAAAAGAUUGUGUGAUCAACAGAAAGUGACAUUGAUAAAAGUACUGUCAGAGGUGCAGUGGAAAACUAUUUAUAAAUUAAAUAAAAUGUGAUGGAAUCGGCCUGUUUGUUGUGCUGCUGCAUAAAGGUAGAUAUUAAAAUCAACAUAAGCACAUUAAGGGAUUAUUAAUGUAAUCUCUUGUUUCAAAUUUUGAGUAGUUUUUUUUUAAAGUAAAGAUGAAAUUUAGAAACCAUUGUAAAGAAACAUAAUCAUCUCUUUUUUAAGAGAUUACAUUUUAAAAUUAAUAAAGUGCUCUUCUCAUGUA